UGCAUACACACACACACAUUUAUUAGACAGGGAAUGAAAUGCAGAAAAUAAUUAAAAUUAUUAAUUUAGUAACGUAAAAAGUGUAUCUCAUUUAUCCUAACCAUAUCAAACUGAAUCAAACUAUCUCCCAACAUUCAAACACAAAAUAAAAUACAUUUCAACUAUGUAGAAGUAUAUAAAUGUGUAGUAUGGAGGAAAUGUUGAAGCAUUAAGUGGCUACGAAUUUAGGCUAAUUGAGCUCCCCAGCUCCUUAUGAAAUAUGAGAACAUAUGACAGGGCAUGAAAUGCUAAAAAUGAAGUUUUAUUACGGUAAUAAUACAUCAAGGUUCACUAAUUUUGCGAUGCUAGGUCUGUCACUUCUUUGAAAUCUAGGCCGACACAAGCAGAUCUUCCAUACUUUGGAAGUUGUACAGUAGCAAACAGAUGCAGUUUUGGACAACUCGACAAUGUUUAAUCACAUUGAUGAAAGAUACAUCACAGAAAAGUGAAAUUUGAAAAGAAACAAAACAUAAGAAAAAAUAAUUUAAAACAUAUAUUUAUUAUUAGAUAUUUUUUUAAUAAUAAAAAUUAUUCAUGGGUCAUCCAUUGCUUUAAUUUUUAUUUUCAAGUCUCUUUUAUUUAUUUAUUUAUUUCAACGGAGUUGUCUCUUAAAUAUGUAAUAUUUAGCUGAAUUGUAAUCAAUUAAGUGUGUAUUGGUAAAUUUCUCACAAUGAUUAUAUAUAUUUAUAUUAUAAUAAUACUUAUUAACAAGCCAAUUUAUAAUUUAUGUUUAAACACUUCUGUACUUACGUAUUACCUUUAUACUUUUAUUUUCGUUAUAUCUGUUAUAGAUAUAGGCAAUAUUUUUUUAAUUGUAAACUUUUAUUGAUUAAAUCUUUGUUUGUUUACAUUGUUUUGUUUUGACGAAUGGACAAUCUAGUCUAGAAGGGAAAAGCCCAAUUAACGGCUUGUGAUUGGUUGUGAGUAAGUCAUUUGCAUUAUUGUGAGUGGAGUUGAGUAGCAACAAUGCCGCGACGCCAUGUUCAAAAGUCUUGAGCGAUCUUUUGGUUUCUUCGAAAGGAUUCAAUGGUUAUAAUGCACGCUCAUUGACUGCAAUAAAAUGAAGCCACGGUAAAUAAUUAUGGACAUAAUGCAGUACUCGAACGCCCCUACAUUUCAGGGCAUCCAGCCUGUAUCUCAACAAGCUGGAAGUUAUAAUUUUAGCGUUGAGGAAAUCGCAUUUUCGAUGAGGCAACACCUGUUUGAUCCCACAUCUUCGGGCACCGCAGUAUCAGCUUCCGGGAGUUCACUUCUUCAACACGUACAGGGUAGGCCUAAACCUAUUCAGGACCCUGGAACAGGACCAAACUUAAGUGAUGAUGAUAUUGACGAUACUAAUCCAUGCCUAGAUGAUGAAAGUCACCAACACUAUCAAAAUGAAACUUAUAUGGCUAUGCAAAAUUUUCAUAAGCAACAUCCGUCCACAGAUGAAAAAUCAAGCAUUCAUCAGAUUCCGACCACAACGGUAAAUGGGCAUUUACCAUCACACAGGUACCACCACCAACAGCAACAGGUGAAUUACCAACCAGGUGAGUUCCAAGAUGGCCAACUGAACCACAGUGUCUCACCUGACCUCAAUUAUCCACGACUCAAGUCCAAAUUCUACGAAGAUUUACGGCAGAAAUAUCCAAAGGCCUUUAAAAAACAUACCAGUACUGACAGUCCAGUCAAAGCAGCUGAAAAAAUGAGUCCGUCCACUGUGGAAUCCGAGGAAGACGAUCAGAAAAAACAGAAGGACAUGUCGCCACGGUAUUUACCGCGGCCACCGAAUGAAAGUCCAAGAACUCUUACACGCAAUACAAGAAACUUACGUGAGGCUGCACGCUUGCUUCUGAAUCGAAGCAGGCAGAAUUUGUCUGUUUCAGAAUCGGACAGUGAGAAGAUGAACACGGAAUCUCCAGAUUCUGUAAAAGAUAGACUCAGGCAGAAUAAAGAGAGAAUGAAAGAACUGCUACAAAGUUCAGGUCUUGGCAAAUAUAAGGAGAAAAGACGGGAUUCAACUGGGAGUCCAUCAGAAAAGAUUAGGCCUGUCAAUGGUAUUCAUAAGGAGUUUAGCAGCGCAGAGAAUUUGAAGAAUAAUAGGUCUAUCCAGUCAGGUUUGGAGUAUGUAUCAGAUAGUGGCAUUGAUGCCACUGGACAUUCCACUAGUAGAUCAAUGGAUAGUUGUCAGUCUGGUGGUCAGAGGGAUGUUGGAAGUUUUCAGCUCAGGCGGCAUUCCAGUGGAGGAUGUCUAGUUGAAUCAAGGAAUGGUCAGAAUACAGAAACUGUUAAUAAAGGUUACCAUACGGCUGAUAGCGAUACCGAUUCCGGAAUUAGUAGAAGUGAUCACUCCUGGCAUGGAUCACACAGACGAGAUUCAUCACAUCGUAAACAGCUGGCACCUUCUAGAGAGGCAUUACGUGUGCUGCAAAAGAAGCGAGAGUCGUACGGGUCACAGAAUGCGUCAGCAAAGAAGUCGGUGAUGGGUCCAAUGAAGGCAGAUCAUAACAUUCAGCCAUAUGCCAGACCUGAAGAUUCGCCAAAAGAAAACCAUGUGGGUGUUCAAUGGCUAGAACAAGGAGCAAGACCUAAGCAUUCCAGCUCAACAGAAUCAUUGACCAUGGAAUCGGAGAGUAUUCGGCAUGAAUUUUUUUAUGAUACACCAAUAAGGAACGAUGGGAAUUCAAAUCCACCCUCUGGAAAUAAUGAAUCAUUCCACACAGAUAAUGAAUCUAUAUCGGAUAUUUCAGACUACAGUAAUCCAGCCUACAGAGGGAGGCUAAAUGGUAAAUCCAAUAGCAAUAGUAAGAGAACUGCAUCACCGUGUAGGUCUGUUAGAUUUGAGGAUACAGACUCUGACGGAUAUCAGCCACGGUCAAGGUCAUCCUCUCACAAUGGAUCCAUUUUAAAAGAACCCGGUGAGCCAAAACGAAGAGCACCCUCAUUGGACUCACCGCCUCAAAGGCAUAGUUCCUGUAAUACAUACGCAAACCCUGUAUGUGAAAUUAAUGAUUCAACUGAUGGAACAGAAUCAAGAACACUAAAGCAAAAAAGGAAGGGUUCGAAUCACACUGGUGUUCAUUCCAGUCUUUGCCGUCAGAGCAGUGAUGAUCCAGCACAUUACUCAGGAAAUAGUUCUUCCAAAGGGAGGGAAAAUGCACAGAAGAAUUACAAUAGGUCCUUUAGUUUUGACAGUGGAACGCCCAGUAGAGGCAGGAAGAACUCAAGAUCAAGUAGCAGAAAUGAAACGACGGGUAGAGAAUCCUUAUCAAGGAUAAGUGCUAAGCCACCCCCAGAGCCAUUGUAUGCUAAAGUUGACAAAUCACGGAGGCAGAGGUCAUCAUCCCAGCCACCUGAAAGGCGCUUAACACCCUCGCGUCAGAUGGUUGGUGUGGAUAGCUGGUCAAUUUCCAGCAAUCCUUGUAUAAAUGAUGUAUUUGAUGAUGGACUCUUGGAUGCAUGUGAAAGUAGUUGGGACCGGGAUUCUUGGAUAGGAAGUGACUUGAGUCGUCAGAGCAACUUGAGCAGUUCACGCACCUCACUCGCCUCGCGCGCUUCCAUUUCGGAGAAGAUGUCCAGCCUGGGCAGGGCUACAAAGAAGAAGUUCUCUUCGAUGCGAAGAGCGUUGAGUUUAGACCGCAUUGAUAAAGCUAAUACAGUAGAAGAACCACCAAAGAUGAGAAAGUCACCAUCACUGAGGUCAUUGACUUCAUCUCUUGGCAAAAAGUUCAAAAGGUCAGCAUCGAGUAGCGAUAUUACACUUUCAAGAGAAAGGUCUGGGAGCAUAAUGAGUUUCUCCUCUACCUCCACCUAUACACGACCACGCCGAUCAACCAUGGAGACGGACGUAACUAGACCCACACACUUACGGAAGGUUGGCCGUUUAUUACAACUCAAUAAGGAUGGUACUCAGGUUAUUGAACUGGUGAAGCCACCCAGUGGUCCAUUUGGUUUCUACAUUGCAAAAGGCAAAUGCAAUUCUGAAGCUGGUGUUUUUGUUACAAGGUUGAGCGACGGUCAUCCGGAGAAAAUUUUACUCGGAUUAAUUCAGGUCGGAGAUGAGAUCCUGGAGAUUAAUGAAGUUCCUGUACAAGGAAAAUCUAUUGAUGAUGUUUACGACAUCAUUCUAGAGAACGAUAAACUAGUUAUUAAAAUACUGCCACUAUCUGCUAGGAGCUGAUGAAUGAGGAUCUAUUGGAAGAAUCACAAAUUCUUGAGACAUCAACCAGUCAUUAAGGCAUCAAACAGAUACACUUUGCCACCUCCUGGAUGCUUGCUGAAACUACCAAGAGUUGCAUUGUGGUGAGAUUCUGUGGCAGAAGAGAACCCUGAUGGCAGAAGCAGAUACAUUCUGACAACUACUGGUGUGUUGCUGUCACUUCCUCUAGUUCCUUGAACUGAUAAAGGCCUUGUGGUAGGGAAUGUUGAUUUUACAUGCAUUAUCAAGCUAACUUAUGACAACAGCUAGAUUAGCCUUCGCUGUCACUGCCUCUCGUUCCUUUCCUGAUGAGGAUUGUGCUAUGAAGGCUAAUCCACCUGAGAUCAGUUCAUUGAUUGGCAGUAAUGGACAGAGUUUGGCAUCACGGAUAUGGACAUUACAGCAUGAAGUUUGUACGUUGGAGGUCAUCACAAGCAAAUGUACGCUUUCAUGGUACUGCAGUCAAGCUUUUCAACAUGUACUUCAGUGGAGUUGAAGACCUUCAUUUCAUCUUUCCGAUUUGCUAUUUAAAAAGCAUCUUACUUGAUUUGGAUCAUACAGAGUUUUUUUUAAUUUUUUUUAUUUUUUUUUUUACAGUCAACAACAUUGUCAAACAGUAGACCUUCAAUAUCUCAUGUUUGUUUUAAAAAGUCAAUGAACUUAAAGAAGAUCUUACAUUAUGUCUAUAGAUAGUCAAAAUUAUCUCACAAGACCGACUGAAAGAUCAUUGAACCUUACAAGAUAUUUACAGACAGUAAACAUCAUCACCGGAGAGUGAACGUCAUCGUCUUUUCUUGUUUGGCUCAUAAACAUGUUCACUUGGCUUAAUGCAAGUAGGCUUAUUUCAAGAAAAAUGAUAUCAAUAUUUAAUAAUGAUUUAUGUAAUGCAGAUGAUAGUGUAAA